GUGACUGUGGUAAGGGAUGAGGGGAGGAUCUUACUGGAUCUGUGAGUCAGACGUGUCAGGAGCCCGUCCUAGAGAACGUUUCCUUGUACUGGAAGGACCAUUCGGUCCUAUGAAGUGGCCGUUCUUCGCACAUUUUCUGUGAACAGUUAUGGCAGCGGUUAUUGUGUUCCUGCUCCCAUGGGUUCUCCUUCUGCUGUGUGUCACCAAUGGAAGGCCCAGUCCAGUCAGUGAAGCCGAGGAAGUUCCAGAACCUUUCAACUUGACGGUUAAUUCAUAUAAUUUCAAUACAACUUUCCACUGGGACUACAAUAGAAUGGAAAUUAAGCCUUAUUUUUCUGUGGAAAUAUGUCAACCCAUAGACAUGAAUUGGAAAGGUAUUGAGACUUGCCAGAAUAUUUCACAUCGCUACUGUGACCUUACCCAUGAGAUAGAUUCAGAUCCUCUAAACAACUAUAAAGUUAGAGUUAAAGCCUUAGUUGGAUCUAAAAUAAGUAGCGCUGCAAAAGUGGAGUUCAGUGUAAGCAAUGUAGGAAUUAUUGGUCCUCCAGAGUUAAAAGUACUCAAGAGAGAAGAGAUCGUUGAGAUUGAGAUUACUCACCCGAAAGUACCCUCUAUUCAUGAAAUAGAACUAUACUAUAAAGUAUACUAUGGAAAUGAAAGUAAGAUGGCAACAGAUUGUGACAGUUUAGCAUGUACAGUUACAUUUUCUAUUUCGGAUCUUGAGACUUACUGUUUUUCUGCAGAAGGUGUAUCAGAUUUUUUUAUUGGGAUGACAAUGGAGAGAUCCAAGGAGAUGUGUUUUUCUGAUGAAAAAGGUAUAUCGCAUCAGGCUAAACUAAUCAUAAUUGGAGUUGCUGUUGUUUUUCUUGUCAUUCUUGCCAUUUCUUGCUUUAUUAUUGCAAGAUGGACUAAAGCCAGGAGUUUGUUGCCACAGUCAUUGACUCUCCUGAAGAAGCGGUACAAACGCAAAACCGGUCGAGAAAUUGUCUGGCUGGCUCCACGUAUUAGACCUAGAUGGUUUUGUUAUCUUUACAUUACCUUAUCUGAUUUGUGGGGCUUGUUCCUAAUGUUUUUAUGUCUUUUUAUAUUUGUAUUUUUUGUAUGUAAAUAAAUCUUGUUUUAUACCUAUUCAUGGUUUCCUAUCAGUGCCUCGAAAGUCUCAACCAACACCCCCUUUUUUUGACCUAAGAGUAUUUAUGCUGACGGGUCCCAAGCAACCGCUAGCUUGUAUUCAAAUUGGUCUCAUCCCUUAUAGUUUAGGGUUGUAAAGAAAAGCUGUGACCAAAGAGGCCUCAGAUUGUAGGGGGGUGUUGUGAUUCAGUUGUCUCCAAAUAGUGCGUAAGAGGCUCAUGGUAUGUAGCAGGGCGGUGGAGGGGACAUCUGCAUUAGUGUUCCACAAUAAAUUGUUUGGGUGGAUGGGGGCUAGCCAAAUUUUAUCUAUUUGAGACCCAGCGAUUAUAGGCCGGAAGGGUAACCCAGGAAGCUAUAGCCCUUAGUUGUGCUGCAUAAUAGUAGCGCUGGAGGUGUGGAAAGGCCAGACCCCCGUCCUUUCGGGAGGCACACAGUAUAGAGCAUGCUAGUCGGUGCUGUUUAUAAUUCCACGCAAAGUCUAGGAGGUCGGUCUGGAGCCUCCCAAGCUGGGCGGACGGGAUAGGCACCGGGAGGGUCAUGAAGUGGUACAAUAGUUUAGGUAGUACGUUCAUCUUGACCGAGGCAAUGCGUCCAAACCAAGACAUCGGGUAAUGUCUCCAUUUGGCCAAUAGGGAUCGUAUAGAUGCAAACAGGGGUCUGAAGUUAGCAUCAUAUAGAGAGUCAUAUUGGGGAGUAAGGAAUACCCCCAAAUAUUUAAUGGCAUGGGACUUCCACGUGUAUGAGAAGUUUUCCGAUAGGCUGUGCACUUCCGCGGGGGGGGGAGAUUAAGUGGGAGGGCUUCCGAUUUAGCUGGAUUAACCUUAUAUCCUGAUAGGGACCCAUAUUCCUUAAAAUGUUUGUGGAGUUUGGGGAGGGUGAUAUGCGGGCGUGUUAGGGUGAGGAGAACGUCAUCCGCAAACAAUUAUAUUUUAAAUUUGCGUCCUCUGACCAUUACGCCAGUGACGUUGGGAUCUCGUCAGAUCUGGGCCGCCAGGGGUUCGAUACACAGGGCGAAGAGCAGUGGAGAAAGUGGACAGCCCUGCCUAGUCCCAUUCGAAAUAGGAAAGGAGGCAGAGGCCGCAAAAGGUGUUUUGAUGGAGGAAGAUGGAGUUGCAUAUAAAUGCCUGAUCGCCCGAAGGAACAGCCCCCGGAAGCCCAGAUGUUCGAGGGUGGCAAACAUAAAAGGCCAGCUGAGCCUGUCAAAUGCUUUCUCAGCAUCUAAGCUGAGCAAGAGCGCCUCGUCUUUUUGUCUGUUAAUGAUGUCAAUUAAGUUGAUGACUCUUCUGGUGUUGUCCCCCGCCUGGCGCCCAGGAACGAAGCCUACCUGAUCCUUAUGGAUCAGGGAGGGGAGGAUCUCAUUCACUCCGAGGGAUAAUAAUUUUGUGAAAAUUUUCAGAUCCGAAUUUAAUAAAGCUAUGGGCCUGUAGUUCCCGCAUAACGUAUGAUCUUUGUCGGUUUUGGGUAUGAGCGUAAAGUGUGAGGACUGCAUGUCCUGUGGAAUUUCGUCAUUGCCCAUAAACCCAUUGAACAAACGGACCAUAUGUGGGAGCAGGGUGGGUAGGAACACUUUAUAAUACUCAUACGGAAGGCCAUCAGGGCCCGGGGCCUUAUUGUUCGGAAGAAGUUUCAGAGUCUCUGAAAUCUCCUCGGCGGUGAUUGGGGAAUUAAGGGAGUGUAGAGCCCCCACCGGUAAAGUGGCCCCCCCGCUGGCUGCGAGGUAGAUCCAUACGCGGUCAGUGUAAGUCGCUUGGGUCGGUAAAUGCGGUAUAGAGGGAUUGUUAUAGAGGUCCGAGUAGUAGUCUCGGAGUAAUUGGGCAAUACGCUCGGGGUGGGAGUGAAGGGUGCCAGCUGGGUCACGUAGGGCGUGGGGAGCCGAGGCCUGAGUGUGUUCUCAAAGUUUACUCGCUAGAAGGGUAUAGGCUUUGUUACCUUUAUCAUAGUAUACCUGACGGAGCCUCUGAAGGGCCUUUUCAACCUUGCCUAUGUCUAUGCUUUUAAGAACUGCCCGGAGUCGUAUAAUUUCUCUUAAGAGACGGAUCGAAGACAAAGUCAAAAGUCUGGAUUCUAAGUCCCGUAGUCGCUGUGCUGUAUGAAAUUUUUCUUUUGGGCCGUAGAGACCGCUAUACAUUGGCCACGUAUGACCGUUUUGUGUGCCUCCCAGAGGGUUCCCACAGAGAUCUCCUGGGUAUUGUUCUCUGCGAAAUACAGCUUUAAAGGGUUUUCUAACUCUGACCUAUGUGCGAGGUCCUUUAAGAGGAAGUCGUUGAGUCGCCAAUGGCAGCGUCUGACCCUAGAGGGAUCCAAUUUAAGUUUCAAGAGGAUCGGAGCAUGGUCCGACCAUGAUAUAGGCAGAAUUUCUACAUCAGUAAUCACCCGCAGCGAGGGGGCAUUAGCAAAAAAGUAAUCUAGCCGUGCAUGUGUGCGAAACGGGUGGGAGUAAUGGGAGUAUUGACGUUCAGUCGGAUGUUCCACACGCCAGGCGUCAAACAGGGCAAACUUACAGGUGAUCUGUCGGAAUUGUUGGGAUUGUCUAACAAGGCGUGGGGAGGGGAUUUUCUUGUUAAGGGAUGUCUUAUCUAGAGUAGGGGAGAAUGGGAGGUUGAAGUCCCCUCCUACUACUAAAAAGGAAUGUGUGGUUCUAAAUAGGCGGUUGUACACCUUGGUCACAAAAGACAUCUGGUUCACAUUUGGUGCAUAAAUAUUGCAGAAAGUUAUGUCAGAGUGUUGCCAUCUGCCACUAAGGAUCAGAAACCGUCCCUGGGGAUCGGAGUUGGAGGAGGUGGGUGUAAAUGGAGACCCUUUCUUUAUCAAAAUGGCCACCCCUGCUUUCUUUUUGGUAUUGGCGGCCAAAAAUCCCACGGGGAAGAAUCGUGACGCAAACGCCAGAGUGCCCGUCUUAUUAAAGUGUGUUUCUUGUACAAAGAUGACCUCCGCUCCAGAGUCCCUGAAACUUCUCAGUGCUAGUUGCCGUCUAAAGUUUGAGUUAAGCCCAUUAACAUUAUGUGAGUAAACCUGCACCAUGUUGGGGUUGAGAUGUAGACAAGAGACAGUGGAAGGACGUGCGCCAGUGUGUUAUAUACUUAUCGAGCCCAGAGAUCCAGGGAGACCAGACUGGAGACCAGAGACGCGUUUAAUGUCUCUUAUUACAUCUUAUACUCAUGAUUUCACAGCAGCACAAUAUAUAUUGCAUCAUUCCUCCCUGCCUCAUUCAACAUACAAGUAAUCGAUUGUAUUGCACCUCAUCAAUGCUGCUAAACUUUGUAUAGCCAAUAAGUGGACACAAUCGUCACCCCCUGUUGUUUCUGACUGGUUAAAUAAAGUAAGACACAUAGCCGAAAUGGAAGAUCUAAUUCAACAAUCCAGGGACUCUCCUAAAACUUUUUAUGACAAAUAGGCUUGCUGGUUACAUUUUAAAAAAAUCGACUAAAUUUCAACUGCUAAUGAAUGCAUAAAUAUGACUUCAUUCAAGUUUUCUCUUUUCCCUGUAACCCUUUUCUUAAAAUCUUGAUUUGGUUAUAUUCUAACUAUCUUACACUCAAUCUUUUAUAUUCUAUCCCCUAUCGUUCCCUUUAUUCCUUUUCUUCCCCUUUUCUUAUGUAUUCCUUUAAAUUUGUUCACCUUUGACUAAUUGAACAUUACAUGACUUAACUUAUAAACACAUUUUGAUCUCCCUUUUUGAGAAUAUUAUUCAUGAGUUGUAUGUACAAAGAUAUGUAUUUAUGUAUUUAUUUAAUAUUCUGUAUUUAUUUUUCUGAAAUUCCAAUAAAAACAUUUGAAACAAAA